UCGUUAUCUGACAACGACAGUUCUAGUUCUCAUAACCUAUCAAAGAGUAGUAAAGAAUAAGAAAAAAUUAAAAAAAAUGUCCGACUUACCCCACAAGGAUUUCUAUACGGUGGAAGUGGGCGACACCAAUUUUACAGUGCCAAUUCGUUAUCAAAAUAUUUCGCCCAUUGGCAUGGGAGCUCAGGGAAUUGUGUGCUCAGCUUUGGACGCCACCACGAAAACCAAUGUGGCCAUUAAAAAACUAUCGAAACCCUUUCAAAAUGUUGUACAGGCCAAGCGGGCGUAUCGCGAAUUGAAGCUCAUGAAACUGGUCAAUCACAAGAAUAUCAUUGGCCUACUGGAUGUGUUCACGCCCAGCGACAGUUUGGAAGAAUUUCAGGAUAUGUAUUUGGUAAUGGAACUAAUGGAUGCAAAUCUCAGUGCCGUUGUGGGGAUUGGUUUGGAUCACAAUCGUCUCUCGUAUCUGAUAUAUCAAAUACUAUGCGGCAUUCGCCAUCUCCACUCGGCUGGGAUAAUACAUCGGGAUUUGAAACCCUCCAACAUUUGUGUGAAUGCCAAUUGUUCGUUGAAAAUUCUCGAUUUCGGUUUGGCACGCACGGCGGCGGAACCGACUUUCCUUAUGACUCCAUAUGUGGUGACACGUUACUAUCGAGCUCCGGAAAUUAUUCUCGGUAUGCCGUACAAGGAAAAUGUGGACAUUUGGUCGGUGGGCUGUAUCAUGGGUGAGCUAAUACGUGGCGGGGUUCUGUUCAAAGGCUCCGAUCACUUGGAUCAAUGGAUGAAAAUCAUCCAACAAAUCGGCAGUCCAGAUAAAAGUUUUUUCGCCGACUUAGUACCGAAUGUUCGACAAUAUAUUGAAAAUUUGAACCAAUAUGAAGGAUAUUCCAUUGAACGUUUAUUUCCCGAUGCAUUGUUCCAUGUGGAUGAGGAAAAUGACGACGAAGAGGAUGAAGAUGAAUAUCAAAGAAACACAGAUAAUGCCCGAGAUUUAUUGGCUCGUAUGCUAACCAUUGAUCCAAAGCAUCGAAUUUCAAUAGAUGAGGCCUUGAACCAUAGAUAUAUUAAUGUUUGGUACGAACAGGAGGAGGUCGAUGCACCCAUACCACAAGUUUUUAGCCUGGAUGUCGAUGAAAGGGGUCACAGCAUUGCGGAGUGGAAGAAAAUCAUUUAUGAGGAAAUAAAAAAUGCCUGAGAUCAUAAAAUAAACAUCAAAUUGAAAAAAAGAAUGAC